AAAAUCAAUCCUAGACCGACUGCGCAUCAGGCGAACGCUUUACCACUGAGAUACAUCCUGUCCCCAAUGUGUGGAGUGUUAAACAAACAUUUAUUUUCAUUUCAGUUCAGAAACCUGGGAUAUCUUCUCUUCUCGUUGGUGUAUCUGCUUCGCCUGUUCGGCUGGAAGAUUGUACUGUUAUUUAUAUCUCACGGCUGUGCUGUAUUUUUUGCUUCUACCUUUUGCAAUUCUGCUGUCGUCUGGGCAACGAGUCUUGGAUUGAUGUGCACCAUAAAUUUUGACCAAUCGCAGACAUUAAUAAAUUCUCUCAUGACGUCAAAUGAAAAUAAAGAAGAAAAUCUUUACCUUAUAACUUUAGAACUCGUAAAAGUCAAUCUUAAAUGUACCAGCUUUUGUUUGGAAAAGGUUAAUAACCAGCUGUCAAACUCUUCAAACCAAAAUGCAUCAUUUGGUUAUAAUAAAUGUAAGAAGCAUACUACAAAUCAUACUGACAUUUCUUCACGAAGUCAUUCAUCGGCAAUGAAUGGAGGACAGCUUCCGCCUACUUCUUCAGAACUAAACAAAAGCUUCCAGUCAGACAAACCUUCUGAUCACUAUGGUCUACUAGAUCUGUUCCAAUACAUGUUCUAUUUCUCGCUGUUAUUCUGCGCUCCAUUCGUUACAUACAACAUAUUUAAUAGUCAGAUAAACUCAAAUCCGCUACCAUGGAACAGACGGAAACUGUACGACACCAUCUUUGUUUUCUUGAGAAUUGCCUUCUGGGCUUUCAUCGUCGAAUUCUCCUUGCACCACCUAUAUUUCUCCGCCAUGAUGUUCAACCCAUAUAUUCUGAAACGGGUCUCCCACUGUACCCUGAUGGGGAUCGGAUACUUGCAAGGGCAGUUCAAGAUGGUCAAGUACUUAGUCUUCUAUAGCCUCACUGGACAGAUGGCAGGGUUGGAAGGUAUAGAAGUACCGGGACCUCCCAGCUGUAUCUCCUACAUCUACCGCUAUUCACAAAUGUGGAAAUUGUUCGAUAAAGGAAUAUAUAAUUUUACCAAAAGGUAUAUCUACAUUCCGCUGGGAGGAUACAAGGCUGGGCUUCCUCGAAAACUAUUUGGGUCGUUUCUCUGUUUUAUGUUCUUUUACAACUAUCAUGGUCUGGACGUAUACUUGUUGAUAUGGUGCCUUCUUAACUUCGCCGAACUGGUUAUAGAAGUCUGUGCAUCUUUACUGGAGAACACGCCGGCAGUACAGACAUUAGAGGCAAGUAUAAUUUAAGUGAAAAAAGGAAACUAAUGUUUAAUAAUAUCUUAGCACAUGGUUUAGUCUACAAUUUUAGAGAAGAAACCCGA